AUGGCCUUCUCAGGAAGGGACAGGUCGCGGACAACAGAGAAAUCAGAUGAGUUCAUCCCAUUGACCUCAGACCAGGAUGGACCCAACCUGGAUUCUGUGGCCAGUGCUGGAACCUCAAUCACUGACCACCCAUCAAGUGAGGCGAGUACAGACAAUGGCAUACGCUCCAUUCCACCACGCUUGUCGAGGAACUCCUCUAUAUACUCCCAGGAUGAUACAGGCACCAGACUGUCCUCAAUUCAUGAUGAGGUCAACAAGAUCUUUGACACUGAGUGGAGGCUGGAAGUGGACACACUGACCACUGACCCGAACGCCAAAGCCCAGGCUGUGAACCUCAUGGGAAGAGAAAGUAGCAAGCAGGCUCUGUCUGAGCUCUACCAUGUGGAUGAGGUGGAGUACUCAAGACACCGGAGGUACUCAUACCCUCACAUCCACCAGCCCCUGAGGUCUCUGUCCAACAAGUCUCUGAUCAAAUCUCACCGGCCAAAGAAAAAGAGCAAGAGAAAGAGAGACAAGUCCACAGAUUACCCUUCCCAGGGUGCAGUCAAGAGCCCUCCCAUUGUGGAGAUAGAUGAGGAGGGGUCCCGAGGCGUGGAGUAUUAUGAG